AGUGCCAGAUGACAAGGUUCUUAUUCUUUGACCUGACGUGGUGAAUAGGUGUUCAAAGAAAGAGAGAACACGAGUUGAAGUUUUUGUGUUGCAGUUGCUAGAAGUGAAUACGAUAAUUGGAUACCCAAAUGAAACGCGAACGUAACCAUUGUAAAGAUAUGGAGCUCCAUUUGACGAUGGAAUUGAGCCAUCAUUUGGAAAACAAAAGAAUUUUAAACGGUCGCUACGAAAGUGUUUUGUCGAAAUUGAUGAAACAAACUGACACAAACAUUUUCUGUCCUACUAGCGACACGAAUCUCAACAUCACCACUCGUAUUCCCAAAAUAACUAUUUCAGGAUCUCUGGCUGCUGUUGAAUCCGCUCGUCUAUCUAUACGGGAAUGUGUGCCAGUCGUGUUUGUCGUCAGCUGUCGAUCGGAUAAAGUCCAAUCUCUCGGAAUAAACCUUCUUGUAGCCCACUUUUCUUCUACAUUUGGAGUCAAACUAGUCUUUAAUCUGGUUGAAGAAGAUGCAUGCUAUCAGGUGAAUAUCCGAGGGCACCACUAUCGAUUUGAAUUUCUGAAGGAAGCAGUGUCCCAUUUUUGUCAUCUCGUCCAAACUCCUUCGGAAUCGGUCGAAAUGGAAAUAAAUUCUUCGUGUUUACAUAUUAGUCUAGUCAGAAAUUGCAUUCCAUUGAUAGAGAAAAAAUCAGGAGCACGAAUCUGCUGCCCCGUCAACGGCAGUUUAGUCCUGGUUAGAGGAUCACUGGAAGCCACGUAUUUCGCCAGUGAAAUGAUAACCGGCGUGACACCAUUGUAUUUAAAGUUCCAACUCCCAUCGUCUGAAAUUACUGAAAGGGCUCGAUCGAUCGCCCGACAAAUGGACAUAUCUAUUUCCUCAAUAAAAAUAGACUCGGGUAUUAAUGAAUUGGUUUUAUCUACUUAUGAAUGGAAUACUCGUCACCUUUAUGAGAUUCGGCGCAUAAUUCUGGGCUUGCCUUCAACUGCUUCUAUUUUUCCAAAACAACGCCCACUAUGCGCGGAUUUAGUUGAUUUACCCAAAAGUUUCUACAGGAGUGUGGAGUGUACGAUUUUCGAACCACAAUGCGAAGAACUAGCCUUAGAAGGCCAUAGGAGUUCCACGGAUGAAACGCUAAACUUGAGGCGAAUUUAAGCCAGCUUUUGUCGGACCAACAGAGGUGACACCCAGUUUAACCGUUGUCACAUUCUACCGUGCUUUAAACCCAGGAUUCUUUCAUUUUACAUUUUCAAAUUGUGUGCUGUAAAAACGUUAGGUCGGAGUAUCUAUACAGCUAUAGUUUUAAUGUUUAAAUCAGAUUACGUGUGCCAUUCUGGAAACAGAAAAUUGUGGCGCUCCAUGUUGUUUCCUUCUCAGAAAUUCCUCUCAGAGGUACUAACUACUCGGAAAAUGUUGAUAAUAAAAUGAAAGUAAAUUGUGA